CGGGCAACCACCAGCAGCUGCAAGUCAGUGUGAUUUGCACGAAGUGUUCAGUGUGGACCGACGAUUCCUCUGUGACCAGGACGAUGUUUCUUGCAAGCGGCCAUGAAGUGGUGCCACUGGAGGAGGAUCACGAGGCUCAGAUGGAGAAGGAAUUUGCAUCUUUGCCUGGUGGGAUGAUUCGCUUGACUCCUGGUAACUGGUUCUUCCCCGGAGCCUUUUUCAAUUAUGCAGACAAGUUGUACAACUUUCAGUGGCGAAUGGGCGACGUGGUGGUGAUGACGUGGCCCAAGUGCGGCACAACAUGGAUGCAGGAGAUCAUCUGGACUAUGAGGAACAACCCUGACCUGAACAACCCCUUGGCUGACAUGUCAAUUACUUCCCGAGUUCCCUUCAUUGACAUGGAUAUGUUUAUGUUAGCCGAGACCCUCCAGAACCCCAAUCCGGACAACCCACUUCUAUCCGACUUCCUGAAGGUGUGUCCAGGAGCCAACCCAGCCGAUGGUGUUCAGUUGCAGCUAGCUACCGUUAUGCCUGACCCUAGAACCAUCAAGACCCAUAUUCCUCUGUCACUCCUUCAUCCAACGAUCCUGGACAACAGUAAGGUUGUCUUCGUGGCCAGGAACCCCAGGGAUGUGAUUGUCUCUCUUCAUCAUCACUACCGUAUCGUUAAAUCUUUAAAUUUCACAGGAAGCAUGGACAAUUUCGUCAACUAUUUCGUCAACGACAAAUUGCUGUAUGGACCAUACUGGUUACACGUACAGGAGGCGUGGGCGAAGCGUCACCACCCAAACUUUCAUUUCAUCUUCUAUGAAGAUUUGAAGGCCGACAUUAUGACUGAACUGAACAAGCUGAACAAGUUUCUAGGCUUAAACCUCACUAAAAAACAACUCUGUAAUGUAGCUGACUACACCAGUUUCAAUCGGAUGGCAGCUCGGGACAAAUUGUUAGGACCCAAAACAGAAGACAACCCUAUGUUCUUCAAGGAGAUAGUGAGGCAAGACGGGGGCUUCUUUAGGAAAGGUACAGUGUGUAGUUGGAAGGAGAAAUUGUCUCCUGAAAUGGUGAACAAGAUCGACCAGUGGACCACAAAAAACCUCAGGGAAAUCCCUUUCAGAUACUCCUUAUAAACAUGUGUUGACUAAUAACAGCAAGUCUCCACUAUUAGCGACAACGAAAACAACAACGGUAGUAACAUUAUUAGAAGCAAAACAUGUACAGUGGGAGACAAAAGUCCCUGAACAUUUAGCAAUAUCUGACAUCUAAUUCUGGUUCACCUAUAUGAUUGGUUUAUAUCCAAUAAUGCUGCAUUUCAUCACAUAUUAAGUCAGAACCACUUGAUGAUCCUCAAGUACUUUUUAGCGUUUAUCCUCUUUGCCACUGAUCGGCUCGUUAGCUGCUUGGGCGGUCGGUCAUGUGUCUCUGAUACGCACUGUUGGC